GCCAUUCUCACACUGUUCGUUCCUGUCUCCUCUCAGCAUCUCCCACCAAGCAAACAACUCCCACCAUGAUGAAGACGAUGCUUGUUGUGGCCAUGAUGGCCGCUGUGUGCGUGCUGUCGGCCUCCGCUGCGCCCGUGACCAUGCACCUCCACAAGGACCCUGUCACCAUGCACCUGCACAACGAGACUGCCCCUCCGCAGCCCAACUGCCCUGGGUGGACCUUGUACAAGCAGUGCGACUCUCGCUGGGGCGGUGACCGCCUUGGCACCUCUGGCAACACCAUCUGCUCUGCCGGCUGCGCCAUGUCCUCUGUGGCCAUGCUCCUGCACACCCGUGGUGUCAGCGUCGAUCCUGGUUCACUGAACAACUGGCUCAUCCACAACGGCGGUUAUGCCAGCGGUGAUCUCAUCGUGUGGAGUGCUGUGGACAAGUUUGGCAAGACGAGCUACCAGGGCAUUGAGAACCCCUCCAUCAACGCCGUCAUCAGCGGCCUGCAGUCGUGCCACGGCAUCAUCGCCAACGUCCGCGGCGGCACCCACUGGGUCCUCCUCACGGGCCACGCUGGCGGCAGCACGUUCAAGGUGAACGACCCCGGCUUCUCCACGACCGAGUACAACUUCUCCGACAUGCUCCGUUUCGCUGUCUACCACUGAGCGCGCAUCGUGCCAUUGCAGUCGGCGAUGCCCCUUGAGUGCAUUGUCAUUGCCCUUGCCCCUAUGCGUGUUCUUUCCCUUUGCGCGUUCUUUUCCUUUUCGCGUUGUGUUGUCUUCCUCCCUUCUUCGUCUCUCUCUCUCUCCCUGUUCCUCCUUCCUCCUUCGUCUCACUCUGCAAAUACAACCACCCGAAGCCAACACAAGCAAGGUGUCUGUGCCGGUGUCGCCCAA